AUGAGCUGCAAGAGACCAGAUAAGCAACAAACACAAUAUCAAGAUAUGGAAGAAGUAAUCAUGGAAGAGAAAAAAACCUUUUUGACAACAUACAAGAAAAUGGUCAUCUAUCACCUAGUAAGAAGAGACAACAACAUGAAAGGCAACAAAUCCAAACAAGUAUGA